AUAUUUAAUAUAAAAAUAAUAUUAAGCGCUUAUAGGGUAAAAGCUGCCCAACUGGAGUUCCUUUGUUUCUUCUUUUUUUCGAUUGUGGAUUUCCAUAGACUUCGUAGAAUUAUAAUACCAAGUUCUAUAUUUCUUGAUGGAGAACCAAGGCCACCUGUUUGUUCCCUCCUUUCCUUUCCUUUCCUCUUCUUCUCCCUCUCUUCUUGCCCCUUCCUCUCUCGUCCUCUCACUACUCGUUUCCUGCUCAGGUAGAGCAAGAGCCGUGUCUAGAUUUCUCUGAAACCUCUGGUGGCGUUCUCGGCAACGUCGACGUCGUUCUCAAAGCACAGCUGUUAGUCGUGUGUGCACACGUCAGUGCACGUGGUCGCAUUUUCUGAAACGUCACUAAUACGCGGUUUGAAUUGCUUGUUAAAUUAAUCAUGCAUCGCGACGUAGAUCUGAAAAUCGAUCCAGUUGGAAAGAAAGCCGAUCGCGCAAGCGUUUAAGUUACUGCUUUUAAAGUCCGCGUAAUACUUUGCUAGUUUAGUAAGAUGUGAGUGAUCGAGUGUGAUAAAUUAAUUGUGAUGAACGCCGAAUUUCUCAAUCAUGAUUAUGUGAGAGGAGAUGUGCCUCUGUAAUUUUUAAUUCUCAAUGGUUACUUCUCUAUUUUCAAUUCUGGACUAUGUUGCAAUUUCAUUGUGAUGAAUACGAUAUAUACGUAAUACAUGGAAAUUAAAAUCAUAGAUAAAUUUUUGCAAAACCUAUUUGCAAAAUAUAUCUCCAAAGCAAUAUUGGAGCAAGAUUUUUGAAGCAAAAUAUUGAACUGGCUUGCUGUGAUCAGUAAUAUAAAAAGAAAUCUAUAAAGAGAUUCUUUAAUAUUUUUCUAUCAUUAAUUCUCUAGCCUAAAGUUUUUGCAAUAAACUCUCCAAUAAUCUUCUUGAAUUAAGAUUCUGGAAAAUUUAAAAAAAGCAUCUUCUUUAGAAAAAAAGAACCACGAAGUACUCUAUUUGUCUGGUACAUAUCUUACUACUUGGAUCAAGAUUUUGGAGUCGAAUUUUGGGACAAGCUUUCCUGUCUCCCGGAGGAAGACAAUGAAAGACAACAUGGCGAACUCUGAACAAUCUGUAGAUGCAAGAACUAUUCAAUCGCGUGGGAAAGUCUGCCAGGAACAUAGCGAGGAGAAUUGCCCGAGUGAGAAUGAACGUGAGUUUGAAUCGCUGGAGUACGAGGAGGAUGCAUAUUAUUCGAAGCUAACAACGACGCCGAGCUUCGACGACAUCGAUGAACUGGGUGACGAGGAGGUGGACGAGCUGGUGAUCCAUUGCUGGCGCGGCUCCAACGGCGAAAUCGACGAGAUUGUCGUGGAUGAUGGCAACCUGACCGUCGAGACAGAACUCCUGCAAGGAGAGUCACGUGACGGCCGCAAGAAGAAGCGAUCAAUCCGCGUGAUUUUCCAAGACUUUUCUAAACCCUACCUCGCCAAAAUCAGCAAUAGUCAAAAUUAUAAAAAGUUCCUCGAGCUGAUAAAGAAAAAAGGAGAAGACGCCUCGCUCCACUCGGGCGGUUCUCUGUCGCCAUCGUCAGAUAACAUAGCAAACGAGCUUCAAGGACUCACUUUAGAGGAGCAAGAAAAACAGAGGGCUGAUUGGAGUGCCGAAUUAGCAAAGGUCGAAGAAGAGAUACAGACCUUGAGACACGUUCUCGCCAGCAAAAUCAAGGUUUCGCAGGAUUUGAAGAGAAAGCUUGGCAUUAGUGUCUGGAAGGAACUCACCGACGAUGUCAAUCAGGGAAUUAAGAAUGUUAAGGAAAGCCACGUUUAUCAGAACGUCAGCGAGACAUUCAGUCGCUUAACCAGGACAAUCUCUGCGAACAGUGUAUUCCAAAAGACGGAAUCUGUACUGAAGUCCACGGCUGAAAAAACGACGAGUAUUUUGGGUGGUUUUGGUAGUGGCAUUACCAUGAAACUGGGCCAGAUGCGCAAUUCCGACAGCUUUCGAUCACUUGAGGAAAGAGUUGGAUCCGCCUGCGAGAAUAUCAAGACGAAAGUCGUGCCUUCAAGAUCCGGCUCGACACAGAGCUUCGACGAGGCUCUUCGGGAAUCAGAAGCAAUGAGGCGCGCAUCCGCAACCACAGCCACCAGCCCGACCAUUCCCGAGGAUAAGAUGCUCUCUUAGAGCUCGAAACUGCGCGAAAUCCAUGCAUCUUCUUCGCGCGAUACAAAGUGCUGAUACCGCGCUAUAAUUAUUACUGCGUUCGUCUAUUGCAAUCGCUUUAACGGGUGAAAUGGCGUAUUCGUGCACGUCGGAGUUAUUUGAUACUUUGUUCAAUCGAGACUUCGAUCACGUGCACGAUUCUACAAGUACUAUCCUAUUCUCUAUCCAAUAAAAGUAUAUUUUUUCUUGCACGCCAUUUCCACGUCUAUCCCUUCGCAGGAUCGCCUCUCUUUUUCUGGGCCACUCUCGGGACAUUUUAACGCAGUGUCCUAUACAAUUUUUAUACUUACUAAAGAACGCGUACUCGACGAUGAUCUGUUUUUCAAGUAAUGAAAUGCCUUUUGGAAUUCUUUUAUAAUUAUUGUGAUUUGUAAAUAUAUAAAUAAAAUAUAUUUGGGGCUCGAAUCGGAACUGAUUAUUUAUGUGUGUCGCGGGAAAAAUUUAAUUUUUGAUAAUAAAAUUAAUAAUGAAAUGAAAUUAAUAAAAUAAUGAAAUUUAUGUUGAAAAAGAAAUUUGCGACACGCAUAAGUCCCCCCUUUCAUCGUUGCACGAUAUAAAGUUUAAUUUUUUUUUCUUUUGAUGUCGGAAAAUAAUUGUAUUUAUUUGUAUCAAGUCAAUAUAAAUUUCGAAAAACGUACUUAUCUCUGCAAAUAUUCAUAGUGUUUAAUACUCGAAAUCUCAAUAAAUAUUACCGAUGUCCUGAAUCGACCUGAUAGAGCUGCCAAAAACAAAUAUCUUCAACGAUUUAUGAUGAAUGACCCGUCCACUGACAAUAUUUUACACUGUAUACUAAACAAAACUGUUCACUUAUUGUACAAAUUUAAUUAGUGCGAGUCAUUCGAAAUGUUCGCCAAAAGGCAAAUCAAAUUUCGAGAAAUAACACAUAACAAAUUUUAUUUUUUCUAUUUAUCUAAUUACACAGAAAAUUGUAGCAAAAUAACAGGAAGAUUGUAAAAAAACCAAACGAAUAAAGUUUGUUAUAUAAUGAAAGUCGCGAUAUUGUAAAUGAAGAAUAGUUUUCCACGCGCCGCGAAUGAUUUUAUCGGAAAUUAUACAGAAUGAGUCACCGGAAAACGGAAUAAGCAAAUGUCUUCGAAAUAUGACAAUUUGUUUUUUUCUCGAUAGGGACGUUUAACAAUUCUGCUUUUCAUCGACUUAUUCUGUAUGUUAGACUGAGAGAAAGUUCCUUGCGAUUCUCGGCUUCACGAAUGGAUACUUUUUAAGUGCGCGGAUAAUCUAAUGAUAGGAUUCGCAUGAAAUUCGAGAGAUAUUUUGUAUUCUAGCUUUACGGAUGGAUUAUCGACGACGUAUGGUGCGCGACAUAUGUUCUCUGGUUAACAUUAAUACGCAAUAAUUUACACGCGCAUUUGCGAAAGUAAAUUUGCGUAUGUACGUGCGUCGCAAGAAUGAUUGAUCGUUAAUAACGACAAUUUUCCGUGGUUCGUCGAUAAUGUCUACUGCAUAAUACUUUCUUGUUCAUAUUGAUAAAUAAAUUAUUUUACGAAAUGCUAAAA